GGCCGGCAAGAGCAUGCUGAUCUUAUUGCCGGCGGGCUGCAGCCAUAGAUGUGGAAUGUACCGUUCUUUUGCAAAACCACCAGUCUAAUCCACCUUCUUGAAAAAUGCAAAUCAAUGUCCGACCUGAAGCAGCUUCACGCCUUGGCAAUCACUUUUGGCCUCUCUAACGACGACCCAGUUAUAUCAAGGAUCCUUUCUUUCUCUGCAAUCUCUGAUGCCGGUAGCAUCGAUUAUGCGUUCCGGGUUUUUUCAUCGCUACGUAACGCUAUAAUAUCUCAUUGGAAUACCGUCAUUAGAGGUUACUCCAAAAGCAGGAGCCCAGAUGAGUCCAUCUCUGUUUUUGUUCAGAUGUGCAGAGCUGGGGUCUCUCCCGAUCAUUUGACAUACCCUUUUCUUGCUAAGGCGUCUGCGCGCCUUUUGAAGUUGGAACUUGGUGGCGCGGUGCAUGCCCAGGUAGUGAAAACUGGGUAUGAGUCGGAUAGGUUUAUAGGGAAUUCAUUUGUUCAUAUGUACGCUUCUUGUGGUGAUAUAGUGUAUGCCCGUAAGGUGUUUGAUGGAAUUCUAAUGAAGAACUUGGUUUCGUGGAAUGCGAUGGUGGAUGGUUAUGCGAAGUGCGGUGAUUUAACUUUGGCACGGGAAGUGUUUGAUUUAAUGCCGCAGAGGGAUGUUGUUUCGUGGAGCUCCUUGAUUGAUGGGUAUGUUAAGAGCAGGGGCUAUCUGGAGGCAAUGACAGUGUUUGAGGAAAUGCAGGAUUCUGGUUGUAAGGCCAAUGAAGUGACUAUGGUGAGUCUGCUGUGUGCUUGUGCCCAUUUGGGUGCGCUUGAUCAAGGGAGGAUGAUGCAUGGUUACAUGAUGGACAAUAGAUUGCCAAUGACUUUAGCACUCCGAACAUCUCUGGUGGACAUGUAUGCCAAAUGUGGGGCAAUAGAGGAGGCCCUUGCCAUCUUUUUUGGGGUUCCAAUUCAUCAAACUGAUGUCUUGCUUUGGAAUGCCAUAAUUGGAGGGCUUGCAACUCACGGAUUGGUUAAGGAAUCACUCGAAUUAUUUUUAGAAAUGCAAAGAAUUGGGAUUGCCCCAGAUGAGAUCACCUACUUGUGCUUGUUGAGUGCUUGUGCUCAUGGUGGCUUGGUAAAGAAAGCUUGGUAUUUCUUUGACUGUCUUGGUAAAAAUGGCAUGGUGCCUAAAAGUGAGCACUGUGCUUGCUUGGUGGAUGUCCUGGCACGGGCAGGUCAGGUAGCAGAGGCGUAUCAAUUUCUGUGCCAAAUGCCCAUGGAACCAACUGCGUCCAUGCUGGGUGCUUUACUAAAUGGAUGCAUAAACCAUGGCAAGUUAGAUCUUGCUGAAAUAGUAGGAAGGAAGCUAGUUGAGUUACAGCCAGAUCAUGAUGGUAGGUAUAUUGGAUUAUCAAAUGUUUAUGCUAUUGUUAAGCGAUGGGAUGAGGCAAGAACAAUGAGGGAAGCCAUGGAGAGGAGAGGGCUGAAGAAGACUGCUGGGUUUAGUUUGCUGGAGAUGUCGGGGGCACUCCAUAGAUUCAUAGCUCACGAUAAAACACACCCCAGGUCAGAACUGAUCUAUAUGAUGUUAAAUUUCGUUGUAUGCCAAAUGAAAUAUGAUGUUGACAAUGAUAAUCAAGAAUAUUAUUUUUAUGAUAUGAGAGAUGUCUGAUUUGUUUUCUGUUCUGUUCAAUAAUAUUUAUAAUCAAGAGAUUCUGCUUAU